AUGCAUUUUUCACAUCCGAAAUCGGCCAUUCGACUUUUGUGGCGGCGACAAGUUUUCCGCUUACGACGAACAUCGCCUAUAUGGUUUGUGAUCGUAGGCAUCUGUAGUUUAUUUCUCAUCAUUAAUGUGCCUAAUCCAUUUUCUGCUCGAUAUAAUCGAGUUCCAAUCGAUCAAGAUGUUCAAUGGAACAACGUCAAAGAAAUAUUAGAACUUAAAGCACAUAUUUUUCGAAAUGUAACAUGGUCAAACAAUAUCAAGAUUAUCCAACAGGGCACUGCACAGCAAGAGACUAGCUCUAUUAUUCUCAUUGUUCUUUAUACGACAGUAUUUCGUGCUGAAAAAUUUUGUACACUUUCCGGUGAACGUAUUUUUGGUGAGUCGUGUCCAUCAAAACAUCGUUGUCAAUGGUCAUGUGAUCCUACACGAUUUCGUGAAGCUGAUGCAUUGAUAUUUCAUGCCUAUGAUAUUCCAUUUGCUCGACCUUCGAUACCGGAUCGUUCCGAAACAAAACCUAAUUCUGUUUGGAUUCUAUGGUCAGAUGAACCUCCUUCGAUCAUUAAUUAUGCUCUAUUUAAUAAAUAUAAUUUUAAUUGGACAAUAAGUUAUAAAUUCGAUAGUGAAAUAUCCAUUGCGACCUAUGGUUUAUUUAGUAAACGAGACAAAGCACUAUCAAAUAAUGAAUAUCAGCAAUGGAUUAGGAAAGAAUUUUCUAAUCGAGAAAAUGGUGCAUUAUGGUUUGUUUCAAAUUGUAAAUCAAAAAAACGCUUAGAAUUAUUUCAUAAUUUAAAAAAAGCAUCAAAAGUAUUAGUUGAAGGCUAUGGCCGUUGUGUGGAUUAUUAUCCAUUGCAUUUAUGCGGUGGAUCGACUCGUUGCGAAUAUGAUUAUAUGGCAAAUUUUAAAUUCUAUCUAAGUUUCGAAUCUAAUACUUGCCGAGAUUAUAUAACUGAAAAAUUCUACAAAGCAUUCUAUCAUGGUCUUAUACCAAUUGCUUAUGGGCCAGAUAAAAGUGAUUAUGAUCGUUUUGCGCCGAGCAAUUCAUUUCUGCAUAUUGAUGAUUUCGACAAAGACAUGAGUCAACUUGCGACGCAUUUAGAAGAAGUUCAUUCGAAUAUAACUUUAUUUUCAACGUAUCAUGAAUGGAGAAAAAACUAUGAAGUUAUUAUUGAUGGUAAAGCACUCGAGCGUGUACGUAUGUGCGAAUUAUGUCAACGGUUAAUGGAUGUAAGAAAAAAUGAAAUGAUUUAUUAUAAAGAUCUCGAACGAUUUUAUACGGACAAAUGUGAUUAA